AUGGCCACCACAACGGUAACAGCAACGACAACCGUUGUUCGAAGGAAGGACGCCAACCUUCCUCCCGAGAACGAGCGCUUCCUGCGAUGUUGCGCCGAAAUCGCCAACGCCCUCAUCGAGGACCAUGAAGCUUCCAAGGACUCCAGCCGGCCCAAGCGGGACGUCAACCUGAACGGUCUGCGGACAAAGCUGGCCAGAAAACACAAGAUCAGCAACCUGCCUCCUCUGACGGCAAUCAUUGCUGCGGUCCCAGAGCACUACAAGAAGUACAUCCUGCCCAAACUGAUAGCGAAGCCAAUAAGAACCUCGUCAGGUAUAGCCGUCGUGGCUGUCAUGUGCAAGCCGCAUCGAUGUCCGCAUAUCGCCUACACAGGCAACAUCUGCGUCUACUGCCCUGGUGGGCCGGACUCCGACUUUGAAUACAGCACACAGUCAUACACGGGAUACGAGCCGACCUCCAUGCGGGCUAUUCGCGCAAGAUAUGAUCCGUUUGAACAGGCAAGAGGUCGCGUGGAUCAGCUCAAGGCUCUUGGGCACUCUGUGGACAAGGUCGAGUACAUCAUCAUGGGAGGGACAUUCAUGUCGCUGCCCGAGUCGUAUAGGGAUGACUUCAUCUCGCAAUUGCACAAUGCCCUGAGCGGCUACCAGACGUCCAAUGUCGACGAGGCUGUGGAGGCUGGCGAGAUGAGCAAUAUCAAAUGUGUGGGCAUCACCAUUGAGACCCGACCAGACUACUGCCUACAGCCUCAUCUAUCUAGCAUGCUGCGCUAUGGCUGCACCCGACUGGAAAUUGGUGUGCAGUCUCUCUACGAAGAUGUUGCGCGGGACACGAAUCGCGGUCAUACUGUUGCCGCAGUCGCCGAGACCUUUUGCCUAGCCAAAGACGCCGGUUAUAAGGUCGUCAGCCACAUGAUGCCUGACUUGCCGAAUGUGGGAAUGGAGCGAGACCUGGAUCAGUUCAGGGAGUACUUCGAGAACCCUGCAUUUCGCACUGACGGAUUGAAGAUUUAUCCGACACUGGUCAUUCGGGGUACUGGCCUAUACGAGCUAUGGAGAACAGGCCGGUACCAGAAUUAUACGCCAAAUGGCCUCAUAGACCUAGUUGCGCGUAUAUUGGCGCUCGUGCCGCCAUGGACACGCAUCUACCGAGUACAGCGUGACAUCCCGAUGCCGCUGGUGACAUCUGGCGUUGAAAAUGGUAAUCUCCGGGAGCUUGCCCUGGCUCGCAUGAAGGACUUUGGCACAACUUGUCGAGACGUCCGGACCCGGGAGGUGGGAGUCAAUGAGGUCAAACACAAGAUCCGACCCAACCAGAUUGAACUUGUCCGACGAGACUAUACGGCGAACGGAGGUUGGGAGACGUUCUUGGCGUACGAAGAUCCGAAGCAGGACAUCCUCGUCGCCCUCUUGCGGUUGCGGAAAUGCUCCGAGAAAUACACCUUCCGAGAGGAACUUGUGGGUCAGCAAACGAGCUUGGUACGUGAACUGCAUGUGUAUGGAACCGCGGUGCCGGUGCAUGCACGAGAUCCCAAGAAGUUCCAGCACCAGGGCUUCGGGACCUUACUUAUGGAAGAGGCCGAACGUAUAGCCAGGGAUGAGCACGGCAGUGAGAAGAUCAGCGUUAUCUCGGGAGUCGGAGUGAGAAGUUAUUAUAAGAAGCUGGGAUAUUGGUUGGACGGCCCCUACAUGAGCAAGUGGCUGGAUGGCAGGCCAGGGCCGGAUGCUUGA